UUUCUUCACAAUCUGUACUAGACCUACGUCGUACUUCAUACCGUUCAUGUGGUAGCCUUUGCCACGGACAAAGGAAGGAGCCGUCAUGAAACGUAGCACGACGAACAGCAGGCGCAACCGUAUAAGCACACGCCUGGUCCCGAGCGAGAAUAACCUGGAAGGUGCCACUCCAAUGACCACCGCUUAGUGAUCUGGAACCGCCAAUUCCUCAAUUUCGUCGUUUCACCGUCAGCUUCCCCGGAGAUGCAGUAUGGUCGCUCAGGCUUGCCCCGUCCUGCAUGAAUGAGUUGCGCUCCGACCAGGGCGUAAUUGACCUCGUUCUCGCACCCUCCUACCAAACCCGCGCUUGAGCGGGUUGGGCCAAGCAUAAUAGGUAAAGCAGCCAGUGGUCCGAGGCGACUUUACCAUGACUGCCCUCAACAUUUGGCGCCUCAGUCCACGUUACUUGUCCGUUCCAAUUCGGCCAACACCACCAGUGACGUGCUGAGACAACGUCGCUACGCCUUGCACAAGCCGAGCAAGUCUUGCUUCCUGCCUUCCAGCCAACCGGCCGCUUUCCGCCGAGCCGCCAGCUGAUUGUCUGACCGAUCCAAUAUCGUCAGGGGGAAAGGGCGCGCACCCGCCCCUGUUGGCCUGUGACGGAUCACGGGAACGGGUAGUUUUGGCCACGACCCGUUGCCGCUUCAAAAAGUCCCGGCUCCCAAAGUCCCUUGCCUUGAAUGGCCUUUUAGCACAGUAGCAGCAAACGGCUAAUAGUCCCUUCACCCGACCCCACCGGAGGCACGACUCUUUGGUACCCUCGGUGAAAGCGCCGGCGUGGCAGCCGAACGCUAAUAAUAGAGAGAGCCGGCUUCAACCCCCCUCCGCCCACUACAGAAGCGGUCGCAACCCGUCUCUGGUUCCAUCCAGUCCAACGGGUAAAGCCGACUUUGCCCCCGUACGACGACGACGCCGUCCGCGGCAGCACUAAAGCGACUCGAUUCGGCGCCCAGCACGGGUCGCAGGAGCGGAGGUGAAAGAGGGCGGCAAGCUCAAGGGUUUCGUCAUUUCUCAGGGCCGGGCUUCGCCGGUCCGCUAGGCGACCAAUAGCUUCCAUUUCCUUACUGCGUCUCGCGACCUCACCAGCCCACCGCGCGCUGGACGAUUGCAAGGCCGCCGCCAGCUCCAGCCCAUAGACUCGCUCGGCUCCGCGGGCCCCACGAGUCGAGUGGCGUCUCGGCCGCCAUCGCCGCCAGCACGCUCGCCUCCAUUCUCCGACGUACGUAUCGACCCUGGGCGGGUCAAGCCUUCAGAGGCAACGACUGCGGGUAGACUAGGUCCCCUUCGUCGCGCCGCGCGCCAUUCCAUCUCUCUUCACACACCGGUGUCGGCCAGCAACAGACCCAACGCAACCUUGACCUGACCCUGCAGCUGCGGUCCAAAGGCGACAGCGGCACAGACUGCGACUCACGACGUGCGACUUGCGACUGCGGCUACCACCGCGCCUGCAUUUGCAUUGUGCAACACUGCAUGCCACUCACAGUGCCUAGCUGCGUCUCCACUCCGAGCCUCCGGCAUCUCCUACCUCCUCCGCCACGGUCCCAGUCGACAUCACGCGGCGUCUUUGCUAUCGACCUCCGUCUUUCACAGUACCUUGGUAUUAGACGUCAUGGCUGGCUCCUCAUCGUCAAUCGAAAAACGACUUGCGGAGCCAGCAUCCGAAUCACCCUCACGUGGCAUCACGCAGCGACCCCCAGGAGUCUCACCAUCGUUAAAUCCGCCGACUUUGCCACCUGGGCAGCGGCUGUCGCCCCCUUUGCCAGCACUCUCGUCGGUACCCUCGUCGGACCCUCCGCUAAUAACAGACGUUCUUCCCAUUGUUCCAACGUCAGUGACGACCUCGCCUUCCAACUACGGUCGCAUCAACGCCGAGAACGAGAGUAAUCUGAGCCUCUUCGACGACCUGCCUAGCCGCCGCGCCAGAAACCCGCGUCUCCAGUCAAGCCCACGCAGUAUGUCGAGAGACUCGCAGCUCUCUCAAGGCGCCGGCGAGUCGACUGCACUCCAACAGCGGCAGAAACAGGCGCAUCAUCGGCAAGACCUCGAUAUGCGGCGGAAGAGGCACAGAGCCACUCCAAUUACGUUAUCGGCUUUGCCUCCAGAGCUCGUUGACGCAAUCCUAUCUCAUCUGUCAGCUCAAGAACUCGCUUUCGUUGCAGCCACUUGCCGGGCGCUACGAAAGCACGCCAUGUCCGACUUUCACUGGCAUAGGUUGGUCCAGCACAACGUACCUGGCCAAGCCGUGACCAGACCCGGCCCCUUCUCGAGCUACCGCGAACUCUAUGUAGCCCACGACCGGGUUUGGUUCCUACCCAAAUACAAGAUCUGGUUCUGCGACAGGGACCUGAUGGGCAAGCUCAUCGUAACGCGUCUCGAUCAGCGACGCGGAUGCAUAGAGGGGUAUCAGCUGCUCGCAGUCAGCAACCGGAGCACGUUUCAACACUGGUCAGCAGACAGCCAGGUUAUAAUCCACGGGUUCGAGCCGCAGGUCAAGCUGCACCUGGACAAGCCUGUCGUGCAGUUCCGUGUCCGAGACAGGCAGGAGGACGGAGGUUUUUCGUCACGACCCGGCGCUAACCGCUUCGCCGACGAGAUGCCCAUGGCACUAGAGGAGCGCAUGGGCGCCAUGUUCAGCAACUUCCUGCUAACGCGGCCCCUGGACCCCAAGACGGCCGAGGAGAAGCUAGAUACCGACUACCCGUACGACAACAUUUGGCCACCGCCGACAAUCCCGGCCCGUCACCACGUGUCCGGCGCCCGCUCCGGCCAGGGUGUCGUCGAGCUGUCGCCCGAUGACCGGCCCCGAUCUCAGUGGGAUGUUUCGGACCAGACCUUCCGUAUUCGGCAGUGGAUGGAGAUGGCCGGCACGCCUGCGCCGCCGAGGCUCCUGGGCCGAACCCCUGCUGGGCCGCCGGAUCUGGGUCUGACAGGCGUCCAUAUAGGCGAGGAGAUCAUCACCUACUCGACCCUCGACCCCGUCCUGUACACGCCGACACCGACGAAACCGUGGCGGGGGAUUUGGGUUGGUGACUACAGCGGCCAUGGUUGCGAGUUUCUGCUCAUUAACCAACCGGACGACCCACCCGCGACCGAUGCCGAGCUGGGUCUGGUCCGAGAUGACGAUGAGACGGACGAGUCGUGGGAGAAGAGGCGGACCGAAGCACGAAUGUACCGCGGACGCUUCGAGGCGAUAAAGCUGACUGGCGAUCCGAAUGUGCCUCGUGGUGAGUACACGUUUGUGGCUGACGAUCUGGGCCCCAAGGGCUUUGUUGGCGUGGCGGCAGACGAGCCCUUUGUCGGCGCCAGAGUUGUCCACAGCCAGGGCCAUAUCGCAGGCACGGGCUUCGUGCGAGACAAAUACAUUGAGAGCCAGCUUCUGCUUCUCUCCCCAGACCGAUUGGCACAAUACUGGGUCGGGUUUGGUCACAUCAGCUUCUUUGAGAGGGUCCACAUUGACGACUUUCUGGUACCGUGAGGGGUGGCUGGAACGUCAAAGGGCGUGUCCUAGCAAAAGUGAGGGUGACGAUGGCUCUUCCCGCGCCUCAUGGCCGCUAGCCGAGGAGACUAGCUGAGCAGCUGCAAGCCCGUUGAUGCCAUGGUAUCCGUUGUCUCUGUGAUGGCUGUCGUGCUCGUCAUGUCUGCCAUGGCUAUCGCGUCUCUCGCUCCUCUGUGACUGGCGUUGCCGCUGUGUCUUUGCCGUGGCUCUCGUGGCUGUCAUGGCUGUCGUGCCUGCCGUGCUCUAAUGCCUGUCGCACCCCCCAAUGCUUGGUUGCGCCCAUCGUGGCCGUCAUACCUCUCUUGGCCACCGCACUUUCUCAUUCACAGGUGUACCUGCGCACCUCGUGAACCGCUCCUAUUGCGCAUCGCCAGCAGGGUCUGCCGCCAUCCCAUCUGCAUCGCGUCCAGCGGGCCAAGCUGAACACGUUGCAGGAGAGCCAAGAGCGAGGUGACUCCCGCGGGUGACGCAGCGCAUGGGAUCUCAUUACGUGAAAGAGUAGGCGGGCAGGCUUCCAAGUUCCCAACUGGGAAGGUGGUGAUUCCGAGCCGCGUCCCGCCCAUGAAUUUUGAUGGGUCCCCGUCUGGUCUCCGGCCGGGACAUGAUACAAGGGACGGCAUGAAAAUGCUUGUGUUACAUAUUGAGAGAAGCCCCAAAAAAAAGAUUGCAUCAUGACCCUCGACCUUUGGAUGGGGGCGGGGCGAGGGUCCAAUUUGUCAAGCACGCUCAGUACUGUCGAUUGCCACCCAAGGCAACAACAUACUGCGGCGUCAUGGUAGCUUGCCUCGCAAUUUCUAUAUAUAAAAAGGCUUCCGUCGUGAUUUGUUUGAAUGGACGAAAGAUGGUUUGGGAACUGGCUCCGUGAUGUACGCUUUUAUGGUCCGGCUCUGCACGCUUAUGUACGAGUGUAGGGGUAUGUAUAGCAGUAAAGGCCGCUCUUCUUAUUGCUUUUAUUACUUUUAUUUCUCUCGAUAUUUUAAUUAGUCUGGUUACUCUC